CACAUCUCCUCUCAAGAUGUCCUACAACUGCUGUUUUAGAAACUUCUCCUCCUGCUUCCUUCGGGAUCAUCUGCGCUACUCAGGCUCCUCAUGUGGCUCUUCCUACCCCAGAAACCUGGUCUACAGCACUGGUUUCUGCUCUCCCAGCACAUGCCAGCUGGGUUCCUCUCUCUAUAAAGGCUGUCAAAAGAUCCGACAUGAGCCCAUCAGUUGUCAGACAUCUCCUGUGGUGACCAUUCCCUGCCAGAAAUCCUGCCACUGCCCAAGGACCUCCACACUCUACAGUCCCUGCUGGACAACUUAUGCUGGGUCUCUGGGCUCUAGGUCCAGCAGAAGCUGCUCGCUGGGCUAUGGAUCCAGAAGCUGCUACUCACUGGGCUGUGGAUCCAGUGGCUUCAGACCUCUGGCUUAUAGAGUCUGUGGUUCCCCUUCCCUGAGGCUUGGAUCCAGAUUGUGCUAUCCAACCCGCCUUGUCUCUAGGAGCUGCCAGUCACCAUGUUACAGACCAAGCUGUGGAUCUGGCUUCUACAGAUCAACUUGUUGAGAAUUCAGAUGUUUUGAGCCAUAUGUCCAACCUCUAAACAGAGCAUCUAUCAUCUUCAUAAUCUUCAGGAA